CGGUAAGUACCAAACACAGAUUACGGGUGCGCAUUACAGGUGUAUGAUGUAUCAAAAUGUCGAUAGGCGACCCUAAACAUUGAAAACAAAGUCAGUUUUGGGGGAUAAGAGACACAUUGUGACUUCACUUGUGCUGUGCUGAAACUUCCAUGCCUAUAGGAUCUUAAGCAGUUGAUAAAAUAUAAGGGAUGGCUCAAAACCGUUAUGUUCCUAAACUUCCAAUCCAUUGUAUCCCAUACAAAGCUCGUUAUGAACUUGCUGAGGUGUUUGAUUCUCCGUCUGUGGAUGGGCGGCGGACACUGGAAGGUCUUGCUGAUGCCAUCUUUGAACACAGCGGCUACAGAGUACCAUUCGACCACAACACAAUAGCGGCAAUCAGGUCUCGUUGUAAUUCUGGAGAGAGUCCAACAGUUAGGUUUAUCUAUGAUCUGUCCAAAUCUAAACUGGCCGACCUUCAACUUCUACAGCAAGCUAUAUGCUCCCUUGAUACACGUGCUGAAGAUAUUUUACCAAAGUACAUGACAGAAAUCAUUAAGAGAUAUGAAGCUGAAAACGGCCGAAACAUAUGCACCUAUGAUGACAAAAGUUCGCAACAUGCAUGUAAUUGCAACGACUGCUCCGUCUCUUACAAUAGGUCAGAACGGUUAAAUCGGGUACCUUCGGGGGUCACCAGACACCCUAAAAAACAAUACCAUAAACAUCGCUGUGACCAAUCAGGAUGUGUCCACAAUCACGAAACUACACCAGGAGGCCGACAACAACCACCGUACCGUAACAACAUAAGUCAGGAUGGUUUCUUACCCAAUAAUGUGGAGGUCGCUAUGAGUCGUUCUUUGAAUAUCUCUGAUCACAGUGACAUUCAGAAUAACAUAGCAUCACCGCAUGCAGACGACUAUAUGUCAGAGAGCCAUAGCAUGCAUUUGUUUGGUAAUGGUCUUGGCCUGUUUCCUCCUGACGAUUUCAACCCCUGUCCUCCAAGUGACUGUGGAGAGGACGACGAAGAUGACGAAACCUGGACCAAAACCACAUCCAUGGAAGCCAGCCAGAGUGAAGGGCUACUCAGACCAAGACGAGGUGCGCAUCCAAGGCGAAUCAGAUCGGAGCCGAUAUACGAGGGUUCAAAUGCUGAAAAUACCGACAACACACGGAGACAUUCGCAUCCCAUCUACCAACGACAAAAUGAAAAUGGCCCGAGAAAGAGGGACUGUGAGAGUGACGGGGAUAUUCCUAACAUUCCGGACGCAUGCACAUGCUACAGGAGUCCAGUUAUAAACAUAGGACCCAGGACGGUGUUUGUCUCACUAGCUGAUGAUUCUAAAUAUCAUAUCAAGGAGGUGCUCACCAUGUGUAACAAGCUCAAAAAAUACGGCUUCGAGGUCAAAUGUGAUAUGAUGGAAUCCUUGUUUUUAGAACAGAAUAUUAACGUGAACGAAUGGCUGGACCAGUGCUUCACAAGAGCAGCUUUUGUGAUUUUCUGCAUAUCCCCCAAAUAUUACCAAAAUAUCGGGGCAGACAAUCCUCUGGAAGCUCAUCCAAACGAUAAUAGAUUUCACACGAGAUACAUUUUCGACCGUGCUCGAACCGAAUUUAUCCAAAAUAAUAGCAUCAAUAGACGAUUUUUACCAGUAUUAUUUCGAAACUCAAAUGCAAGAAACAGCCAUAUUCCCGAAUUCCUGAGGUCCACUUUGAAGUAUGUAUUCCCAGACACGUUUGGUCAUCUUACAGAGUUCAUUGGAAAGUCCAUCACCAAUUAAUCAACGAACUCUGUUAUUGUUUGAACAAAACAAGUGGUGCUCUGUUUCGAAUUAAAGCUAGAUUUGAAACAGAUUGUUAAAACAUAUACCCAAUAUGUUACCAGAUAUAUAAACUCGCUAGAUAAACAUACAGUUAUAAAUGUAUUAUAUACAAAAUAUUUUGCAGGCACUUUCCAUAUCAUUAUUGUUGCAAGAUGAGUAAGAUAUUUGUUAUCGGUUUAUUAUUCUUAUGUACAUAUGUUAUGAGUAUGUUAUUCACAAUAAAUAAUCUAUAGGAUAAA